AUGGAAGGUCGUCGAAAGCAAUCGAAGGUGCACGAUAUCCAAGGCUGCGUGAGAACGCCGACAAAAGCAGAUGGAAGCUUCGAGAACCAAAAUUCGUCCAAGUACAUAAAAACCCCUUCCCUGCCGCCACCCCUCCUCACCGCUCAGUCUCCUUCCAUCUCCUAUCAUCAAUCUCUCUGCAUCUCUAGACCUCAAAAAAUGGCGACAGAAAGCUUUGGCUUCCAGGCUGAGAUCAGCCAGCUUUUGGACCUGAUCAUCAACACGUUCUACUCGAACAAGGAGAUCUUCCUUCGGGAGAUUAUCUCUAACGGAUCCGAUGCUUUAGACAAAAUCCGCUAUGCUUCACUCACCGACCCGUCCGUCCUGGACACGGGCAAGGACCUGUACAUCCGCAUCGUGCCCGACAAGGAGAACAAGGUACUCUCCAUCCGCGAUACCGGUGUAGGUAUGACGAAGGCGGACAUGGUCAACAACCUCGGUACCAUCGCCAAGUCUGGCACAAAGGGCUUCAUGGAGGCACUGAGCUCCGGCGCCGACAUCUCCAUGAUUGGCCAGUUCGGUGUCGGCUUCUACUCCUCCUACCUCGUUGCCGAACGCGUGCAGGUCAUCUCAAAACACAACGAUGACGAGCAGUACAUCUGGGAGUCUGCCGCCGGUGGCACUUUCACCAUCACGCCGGACACCGUUAACCCUCCCCUCGGUCGCGGUACCGAUAUCCGCCUCUACCUUAAGGAGGACCAGCUCGAGUACCUCGAGGAGAAGCGUAUCAAGGAUGUCGUCAAGAAGCACUCCGAGUUCAUCUCCUACCCCAUUCAAUUGGCGGUGACCAAGGAGGUUGAGAAGGAGGUCGAAGACGAGGAGGAAGAGGCCAAGGUGGAGGAGGAAGAGGAGAAGCCCAAAAUCGAGGAGGUAGAAGACGAAGACACGGAGAAGCCCAAGAAGACAAAGAAGAUCAAGGAGAAAGAGGUAUCGAACGAGGAGCUCAACAAGACGAAGCCCAUCUGGACGCGUAACCCCUCUGAGAUUACCAGCGAGGAGUACGCUGCGUUCUACAAGAGCUUGACAAACGACUGGGAGGAGCACCUCGCUGUCAAGCACUUCUCCGUCGAGGGUCAGCUCGAGUUCAAGGCCAUUCUCUUUGUUCCUAAGCGUGCGCCUUUCGACCUCUUUGAGACCAAGAAGAAGCGCAACAACAUCAAGCUCUACGUCCGCCGCGUCUUCAUUAUGGACGAUUGCGAGGACCUCAUCCCCGAGUACCUCAACUUCGUCAAGGGUAUCGUCGACUCGGAAGACCUGCCGCUGAACAUCUCGCGUGAGACGCUCCAGCAGAACAAGAUCCUCAAGGUCAUCCGCAAGAACAUUGUCAAGAAGUGCAUGGACCUCUUUACCGAGAUCGCGGAGGACAAGGACAACUUCCAGAAGUUCUACGAGGCGUUUGGCAAGAACAUCAAGCUCGGCAUCCACGAGGACGCGCAGAAUCGCAGCAAGCUCGCCGAGUUCCUGCGCUUCUAUUCGACCAGGGCGGCUGAGGAGCAGACGUCGUUGAAGGAUUACAUCACUCGCAUGCCUGAGGUGCAGAAGAACGUCUACUAUCUCACCGGCGAGUCGCUCUCGUCCGUCAAGGAUUCGCCCUUCCUCGAGGUGCUCAAGAAGAAGGGCUUCGAGGUACUCUUGCUCGUCGACCCCAUCGACGAGUAUGCGAUCACGCAGCUCAAGGAGUUCGACGGCAAGAAGCUCAUCUGCGUGUCGAAGGAGGGUCUGGAGCUCGAGGAGACCGAGGCGGAGAAGACGGAGCGUGAGGCAGAGGCGAAGCAGUUCGAGGACCUUUGCAAGGCCGUCAAGGACGCGCUCGGCGACAAGGUCGAGAAGGUUGUCGUGUCGAACCGUAUCACCGACUCGCCGUGCGUGCUCGUCACUGGCCAGUUCGGUUGGUCGUCAAACAUGGAGCGUAUCAUGAAAGCGCAGGCCCUGCGCGACUCGUCGAUGUCGUCGUACAUGGCGUCGAAGAAGACGCUCGAGCUGAACCCGCACAACGCGAUCGUGAAGGAGCUGAAAAAGAAGGUCGCGGAGGACAAGGCGGACAAGUCCGUGCGGGACCUGACGUACCUCCUGUUCGAGACCGCGCUGCUUACGUCGGGCUUCUCGCUCGACGACCCGACGUCGUUCGCAAAGCGCAUCCACCGCAUGAUCUCGCUCGGCCUUGACGUCGACGAGGAGGAGGAGGCCGCGCCUGCGCCCGCGGCAGCCGAGGAGGUGCCCCCAGCGGAGGAGGCGUCGACGUCGGCGAUGGAGGAGAUUGACUAG